GUAAAUAACAGAUGCGGGUCAAAGAGCCAUCAAAAGCUUUCCCUGAAAAAGCCAAAAGAAGUAAAAGAUCUACUGUCUUUCAUGAUGAAGACUCCUCAGAUGAUACUGCUGGAUUCUCUUGCCGGCAUGUAAGUUAUGCUACCAGUGUGACUCAGGUGAAGAAAGCAGUAACUGAGAAUCUGUGGUCAGUUUGCUCAGAAUGUUUAAAAGAAAGAAAACUCUAUGAUGGACAGCCAGCACUUGCUUCUGAUAUUUGGUUGUGUCUCAAGUGUGGUUUUCAGGGGUGUGGUGAAAACUCCGAAAACAAGCAUUCAUUGAAUCACUUCAAGAGCUGGGAAACAGAGUCUCACUGUAUUGUGAUUAACCUGAAUACUUGGAGUAUAUGGUGUUAUGAGUGUGCAAAAAAAUUAUCAACACAUUGUAAUAAGAAGGUUUUGGCUCAGAUAGUUGAUUUUCUCCAGAAACAUGUUUCUAAAUCACAAAGAGGUACAGUUUCUAGGAUCAUAAAGUUUUGUGAAGAAACAUGUGAUAUAGGUGAAAAGAAGGGAAGAAAAGGCAGCAGUGUAACAUCUGUAAAAGGAAUUACAAAUUUAGGAAAUACUUGCUUUUUUAAUGCAGUAUUGCAGAACUUGUCGCAGUCUUACAUUCUUACUGAGCUGAUUAAUGAGAUCAAAGAAAAUGGUACAAAACUCAAGAUUUUUCCUUCUUCAGAUUCUCAAUUGGACCCAUUAGUGGUGGAACUUUCAAGCCCUGGACCUUUGACCUCAGCCUUGUUCCUGUUUCUUCAGAACAUGAAAGAGAUGGAAAAAGGGCCACUUUCUCCCAAAGUUCUUUUUAAUCAACUUUGUCAGAAAGCCCCUGGAUUUAAAAGUCUUCAGCAACAAGACAGCCAGGAACUUCUUCAUUAUCUGUUGGAUGCAGUGAGAACAGAAGAAACAAAGAGAAUACAAGCCAGCAUUCUAAAAGCAUUUAAUAAUCCUACUACUAAAACUGCUGAUGAUGAAACUAGGAAAAAAGUCAAAGCAUAUGGCAGAGAAGGUGUGAAAAUGAACUUCAUAGAUCGGAUCUUUAUUGGUGAAUUAACUAGCACAGUCAUGUGUGAAGAAUGUACAAAGAUCUCUGUGGUAAAGGAUCCUUUCAUUAAUAUUUCACUUCCUAUAAUUGAAGAAAGGGCUUCAAAACCUGUACUUCUGGGGAAAAUUAAUAAAUUUAGGAGCUUACAGGAGACAGAUGAUGGUCAGUAUAAUGCUAUUGCUUUAGAAAAUAUUCAUCAAUCCAGAGCUACCCAUAAGCAUACUACACCCAAAAUUAAGAACCGAAUAAUUUAUGACAGAAAAUGUGUAAGAAAAUUGUCAUCUGGAGAAGAUAACAGUAUUGUCAUAGACCAAAGAAAUGAAAGAUCUGACACGUCUGGUGAUUCUCUGGUGCUUGCCAGUGUCAGGAAUGCAGAAUCAUCCCUGACUGAAAGCCUGACUGAUGGCAGUGAGAAGGAGGCCAGUGGCUCUGACAGCAAUAUUGAUGCCGACAGCGAGGCUUCAGAAUCGGAAAAUGCUUCCCAGCACGCCAGAUUGUUUCGGUCUAGUAGCAGAUACUUUGUGCACGCAAAUGGCCACCUUCACCACUCAUUAGCCAGUGAACUACAACCCCAGGAGACUGACAGUGGUGAUGAGGGCCUGGCUAAAUCAAUGUCUGAACUUCAUUUGAGCAACACUGUAACUGAACAGAGUAAUUUUGACAAGGAAAAUCAGCUGCUAAAUGUUCCAAAUAAUUUGUGUUUCUCAGAGAAGCAUGUGGUGGCUUCCCGCCCCCAAAAUGCUUUUCAGACCCUUUCUCAGAGCUAUAUAACUACUUCUAAAGAAUGUUCAGUUCAGUCCUGUCUCUACCAAUUUACAUCAAUGGAAUUACUAAUGGGCAACAACAAGCUUCUCUGUGAGAAUUGUACUGAAAAGAAACAGAAGCACCAAAAUGAAAAUAGUUCUUCAGGAAGAAAAGCAGAAGGGGUUUAUACCAGUGCCAGGAAGCAAUUACUCAUUUCUGCUGUGCCAGCUAUCCUAAUUCUGCAUCUUAAAAGAUUCCAUCAGGCUGGCUUGAGUCUUCGCAAAGUAAACAGACAUGUAGAUUUUCCACUUACGCUUGAUUUAGCACCAUUCUGUUCUGCUACUUGUAAGAAUGUGAAUGCUGGUGAUCAAGUUCUCUAUGGUCUCUAUGGCAUAGUGGAACACAGUGGCUCAAUGGAAGGAGGUCACUACACUGCUUAUGUGAAAGUAAGAAAGCCCUCCAGCAAGUUAUUAGAACAUAUCACCGGAAAGAGAAAUGUCUCUGGUUUGAAGGAACCUGAGAGUGAAACGGCAGACCAGUGGGUUCAUGUUAGUGACACUUAUGUGCAGGUGGUUCCUGAAGCAAGAGCACUUAGAGCACAAGCAUACCUUCUUUUUUAUGAAAGAAUAUUAUAAUUUUUAUUAAUUAUUUAUGCUAAUGAUUACUUAGAUUGCUUUUAUUUAAAUGAUAUAGUGAUGGCCAUAAUAUGCAAUGUGCCUUUUCAUCUUUUUUCUUUAAUAGGAAUAGCAUAUCCCUCAAAUGCUCUGGAACAUAAAUUUUACCUUUUUGAUGAAUCCUUUUAAACUAAAUUUACUCAGUGCUUUCAAAUUGGAAUUCUUACAAUAAACCUAAAGCCAUGUUUUAAAAGAAUAUUUGUCCAGACUGGGGACAUUCUCGGUGACAAGCACUUGCCCUAUAUGCCUGAGAUCUUGGAUUCCAUCCCUGAUAUCAUUGAAAAAGAAAGAAAAAGGAAA